GAACCGGCUGACACGAGCACAAGGACAUCAUCUGCUUUUUUUGCUCACUAACCUCAACUUCUUCACAGCGCGGCGCGUCUGCGCUUCUCACGGUAGACUUUAGCUCCAUUUUAGACACAUAUUCAUAGACAUUUGUGUUUUUUGUUCUCGUUGUGCGUUUGUGAAUAGCCUAUAUCACAUGUAUUACAUGCUGAGCGAUUAAGUGCGCAGGUUCAUUUGAAUCUAUUCAUUUGGCGAUUUUGAUUUCUAUAUUCGAGCCACAUAUGGACAUACCGAGGGAUAAUGUCUGCUUGAAACCUCUCGACAUGAGAUGAAACCCAGAGGAGAUGCUAUAUAUACUGAAUGAGGAAAAAGAAGAGGACGCACUAUUUUGGCACAUGAAUUGGACACACAUCACAUGCGCGGAAUAUAAAGAGGCGAAUAGACACACACUGGUUAUGGUUUUUAUGAGCCUUUCGUUUCAGGACUGCUCAGAAUGCUUAAAUGCAUAAUAUAGGAAUAUAGGAGAGAUAAUGCAGGCAUGCUGAAUCAUGUAUUGUGCAGUUUUGUAACCAUAUUGUAAGGGAGGUGUUAUAGUGAAUAUUAUAUACAGAGAAGGUUUCCUGUUAUAGGCUAUUUAAGCAGAUGAUGGUGGCACACUAAAUCCAUUAACACCCAAAUGGCUGACAUGGCAUAUAUGCAGUAUAGGAUAUAAAAUAAUCUCUGUUCUCUUGGCAGUAGGGUUCAACGUUGGAAUCUGUUUGUUUGGCAUAAUUGGCUAAUUUCUUAAUUUAGAAUACAAGAAAAGACAGGACACUUCAGAGACUGUAAUCAGUAGCUAUAGCACUUUUGCAUUGUGCAUCUCCAUUGCUUUCCAGCCCCUAAGUGGCUUGUUAUUAUAGCAGUUAUUGUAGUAUUUCUAGUAUUAUGGACACCAAUCACAUGGAUGAGGGUUCCUCCAGCAAUGGCAUGGAGAUGGAGAUCAUGCCUGGCUAUAUGGAGUUCAUCACCAGAGCUUAUUCAGUCAUGUUCAGUGCCUUUAGAGACUGUAAAGACUGCGGACUAGAGCUGUCCAGAAGAACCUUGCUGGAUCAUGCAUACAUAUCCUGGACGGAGAUCUUCAUGUUCCUCAUGUGCGCGGUCAUGUUGACGAAGGUGCGCAGGGGACUGACCAUGUACGUCUUUGAGCCUUUUGCACAAUGGUGUUGCAUCCAACCAAAAGAUGUCUCAAAGAUGCCAGAGAGUGCGUGGAAGCUGGUCUUCUACACAAUGUCGUGGUCAUACAGCACAUACCUUUUGUUUUUCACUAGCUAUUCCUUCUUUCAAAACCCCCCAUCUGUGUUUUACGACUGGAAGAGUGGGAUGUCGGUUCCCACUGAUAUCACAAUAGCUUACCUAAUCCAGGGCAGCUUCUACGGCCAUUCCAUAUAUGCCACCAUCUACAUGGACGCCUGGAGGAAGGACUCCCUUGUGAUGGUGGUGCAUCACUUCAUCACUCUGGCGCUUAUCACAUUCUCCUAUGCCUUCAGAUACCACAACAUUGGCAUUCUCGUCCUCUUUCUUCAUGACAUCAAUGACGUUCAGUUGGAGUUCACCAAGCUCAACGUUUACUUCAAGACCCGGGGAGGGAAAGAGUACCUCAUCAAUGAUGUCCUGUCCAACAUGGGGGCCAUUAGUUUUAGCAUCACAUGGUUUUGGUUCCGUUUGUACUGGUUCCCCCUCAAAGUUCUGUGGGCCUCCUGUGUCACCAGCAUCCGGUCGGUUCCCAACAUCCCUUUCUAUUUCUUCUUCAACACACUCCUGUUUGCCCUGCUCCUCAUGAAUAUCUACUGGUUCCUGUUCAUUGUACUGUUCGUGGUGAAGGUCCUGACGGGCCAGAUGAAGGAGGUAAAUGACGUGCGGGAGUACGAGGAGGAGGACCUAAAGGAGAAAAAAGACACUAAUGAUCAGAUGUCUACUGAAGGGAAACACGUGCAGAACGGGAUCACCAAGAAGAAACAUCUAUAAUGUCUAGGUGCUGCCACCUGCAGGCACUUAACCAUGACUGCAAGGUACUUAUAUGGCCUAGUUUGAUUGUAACCUCAGAACACCAAGGUGCUUGGACAGUUAUAAGAAGAAACAAUAUUGACCAUCAUUUGUGUUUUAUCUCUAUUGUUUUUUAUCACUGUUAUUAUAAUUGUAAUCAUAGCACUGUGAUUGUUAUCUCUCUUGUGUAUUGCUUAAUUUUUUUUACUUUAUUUUAUUUUAUUUUAAGUUAAAUGAGUGACCUUUCACUGAUAAUUAGGAACUUACGGCUGGAGUGCCUAUGAUAUCUCUGCCCGUGAGAAACAAGGCAAUGCGUUUUGGAGAACAGCGGAAACCAUGAUAACCAGGUUUUGUGGUCGUCAUCUGGGACCACAGUUCGUUUUAGAUUUAGACCAGUGUUUUUGUCGUUCUGAUGCAUCUAUUUUCAUUCCAGGAGUGAAAAAAA